UGAGGCCUGCUGUGUUUUCAACGGAGGGAGAGCCAAGAAGAAAAAUGGCGUCUGCAGGCGACCCAGAGCGGGACACCGGCCGUUCACUUUGAGCUUUCCACCCUGGAAGUGAGACCAGGACUUGGUGGGCACGCAGCGGGAACCGUCGCCGGACCCACUGGCUCGUUGCUAUCCCGAUUUUUUCCGGUGUGCGUGUCUCGUUCGAGCACCGAGAUUGAAGCGGAACAGGAGCGACUCUCUCCCACAAUGAGGGGGAGAAGAGGAAGGCCGCCCAAACAAGCAGCCGUGAUGCGGGAGGGUUCACCCGGGCCAGUCCGCGGCUCUCGGGGCGGCAGGAACAGAGGGAUGCGCGGGCGGGGGAGAGGCAGAGGUCGGGGCCGGGUGGCAGGCGGCAGCGUCUGCGGCACCGGCUCCGCGGAAGUGGACACAGAAAUCUCCGGCCGAGAGAACUUUCAUUCGUCCCGGGGCCGCAGGAAAGUUGGAGCCUCCAUCACGGCGGCGGCCGCGGCAUCGCGGAGCAGAGGCGGCAGAGGGAGAGGCAGGGGGUCCAGAGGCGGCCGCGGCUACAGAGGCGGAGUGCGGCGGCCUCAAAACAAGGUGGUCUACGACGACAACAGCGACGAGGAGGACGAUAACAUAAGCUACAGGUCGGAGGAAGACGAACUCCUGAACGACAACCCUUCGGAUCUCGAAGAAGAGGAGGCCUUGGGAAACGAGUCGGACUAUCUGGAGGAACUACCGUAUGAUGAUGAUGAUGCCAGCUACUGCACCGAGAGCAGCUUUCGGAGCCACAGCACGCUCGGUAGCACCCCAGGCCCGAAAAGGAGUCGGGCAAUGCCACCGCGCUCUCCCAUCCUUGAGGCAAAGGACAUUCCUCCCUUGGAACUUCCCAAAUCAUCUGAGGACCUCCUGGUCCUUGCAUCGCAGCUCCUCAAUGUAUCUGCUGUCUACGAGGUCCUCCGCAACUUUGGCUCAGUGCUGCGUCUCUCUCCGUUCCGCUUUGAGGAUUUCUGUGCAGCACUGGCCAGCCAGGAGCAGUGCACGCUGCUGGCAGAGACCCACAUCUCCCUGCUCAAGGCUAUUCUCAGAGAAGAGGACACUUCCAACACCACAUUUGGUCCUGCUGACGUGAAGGACUCUGUUAACUCUACUUUGUAUUUUGUGGAUGGUAUGACCUGGCCAGAGGUGGUGCGGGCGUACUGUGAGAGUGACCCAGAGUACCGGCAUAUUCUGCCUCCCCAAGAGAGCGAGGAUUACCCAUAUGAACCAUUGGACAGCAAAAUUAAAGUUCUACAGUUUUUGGUGGACCAGUUCCUGGCAACCAAUAUUGCCCGGGAGGAACUCAUGUCAGAAGGAGUGGUUGCCUAUGAUGACCACUGCAGAGUGUGCCAUCGUCUCGGUGACCUGCUGUGCUGUGAGACAUGUUCGGCCGUUUACCAUCUGGAGUGUGUGAAACCACCACUGCAGGAAGUACCAGAGGACGAGUGGCAGUGUGAAGUGUGUGUAGCACACAAGGUACCUGGUGUUGCAGACUGCAUCCCGGAGGUUCAGAAGAGCAGGCCAUUUAUUCGUCAACUGCCAGUCGGCUAUGACCGACACCACCGCAAAUACUGGUUCCUGAAUCGACGCAUUGUUGUUGAAGAGGAUGGUGAGCAGGAAGACAAAGCCAUCUGGUACUACAGCACCAAGGUCCAGCUGGCUGAUCUGAUAGAUUGCUUGGAUAAGGACUUCUGGGAGGCCGACUUGUACGCAGCCCUUGAGGAGAUAAGGGACGAGGUGCAUACACAUAUGGACAUCACUGAAGACCUAACCAACAAGGCCCGUGGCAGCAACAAGUGUUUCCUCACUGCCGCCAACGAGGAGAUCCUGGAGCGGCUGCGGAGUAAGCAGGAGGAGGAGCUGGAGGAGGUAAAAAGAAGAGCUGCCGAGGAAGCCCUUAAAGCGCGAAUGGAGAAGGUGAGGGAGGAGUUUGAUUUGGAGAAGGAAGACGGAGAGGUCGGGCUGAAAGACGAGGGACAACCGGAUUCCAAGGUCAAAGAUUCGAUAAAGGAGGAGGAGGAGACAAACGAAGCGGCCACAGAGGAGAAAAUGGAUGGUGUCAAAUCUGGAGUUGCUGAAGCUCCACCCAGUAACUUCCCAGGUGGACCUAUACUUCCUGUAACCUCUGCUCCAACACAAACCACCAUAGUGACCUCAAGCCUGGCUGCUGAGGCUCCAAUGCCCCUGGCCUCCAGCGUAGAGGCUCGUCUAGAGGACUGUUCCCAUAAGGAGGUCUCUAACACCACUGAAGCAGAAAACUCAUCAUCGGAUCCUGUUAGUGGUGAUGGAAUCCUGAGCCUGAGCCAGCCCUCUCAGACCUGUGAAGAGAACAGUAAUGGCAGCAUGGGAGACAGGGGCCCAGAACCGCCAGACUUGGCUGACAAGUCCUCCCAGUCAUCCCUGGCGAGCUUUGAUGACACAGGAGACGGUAAAGACUCGGCCAAUGGUGAGAGCUGUAAGAGGUCUUCGGCGACUCGCAUGGUGACCCGGCUGAGGAACCCAGACAGCAAGCUGAGUCAGCUGAAGAACCAACAGGUGGCUGCUGCUGUUCAUGAAGCCAACAAGGGCUUUAAAGAGGGCAAGGAGGUGCUCGUGGUUAACGCACAAGGCGACGUCACGCGUGUCAGCACGCGCAGCAGCAAAGACGUGGUGAUGAAGGGAGCCCUCUGUCAAUACUUCAAGCUGGGCCAGGAGGGCAAGUACCGCGUCUAUCAUAACCAGUACAGCUCCAAUGCCCUGGCCCUCAACAAGCACCAGCACAGAGAGGACCACGACAAGAGGCGACAUCUCUCGCACAAGUUCUGCAUGACACCUGCAGGAGAAUUUAAGUGGAACGGUUCUAUUCAUGGUUCUAAAGUUCUCACCAUCUCCACACUGAGACUCACCAUCAUCCAGCUGGAGAACAACGUUCCAGCCCCAUUUAUGCACCCUAACUGGGCCUCACACAGGACAAAUUGGAUCAAAGCAGUUCAGAUGUGCAGUAAAGCCAGGGAGUUUGCGCUGGCUCUUGCUAUCCUGGAAUGUGCCAUUAAACCUGUGGCUAUGCUGCCUGUCUGGAAAGACUCACUGGGCCACACAAGGUUAAAUCGCAUGACAUCCAUGGAGCGUGAGGAGAAGGAGAAAGUAAAAAAACGUGAGAAAAAGCUGGAGGAUGAAGAGACGAUGCUACAGGCCACUUGGGUCAAAUACACCUUCCCAAUCAAACACCAGGUGUGGAAGCAGAAAGGAGAGGAGUAUCGCGUUACAGGCUACGGGGGCUGGAGUUGGAUCAGUAAGACUUAUGUGCAGCGGUUUGUCCCCAGGCUUCCCGGCAACACCAAUGCCAACUACCGCAAAGAACUGGAAGAUGCGAAACUUGGCAAGAAGUGUACCCUGCUCGACUUGAGUCAACGACCUACCGUAGCCGCACCAGAAGCCCAGGGAGCUGCUGUUUUAAUCACUGAAGCAAAAGAUCAAGGCUCAUGCAGCCUCUCCAAACCUGCAACAGAUCCUCUGCUGUCCCCUGAGUCUGAUGAGAUGAUGGAAGAAGAAAAGGAAGAAGAGAUGGAUGUAAAAGAAAAGACAGAGGAGUUGUUGGCUGAGGAAUCACCUGCAAAGAUGGAGGUGGAUCCCACAGAAACACGCUUGGAUGGAGAGCAAAGGUGCAGUACUCAGGAGGAUAAGGCUUCCGUGAAGGUGGAGCCAACAGAUGACUCUCAACGACCCUUUAACUACGAUGUGGUGGAUGUCAGCAACGGUUUUCUCACCCGCAUCGCCUACAAGAAGAAGGUCAAGUCCUCCAAGCUGGACGGUCUGCUGGAGCGGCGGGUGAAGCAACACGUUAUUGAAGAGAAGCAGAGGCAGCAAGUGUCUGCCUCCAAACUCAAGACCCCUGCACCAGUUCCACCAGUUUCACAAGUUUCAGCACCUGCUCCGAGCACUCCAGUCCGGCCACGGUCGCCACUCAAGCCCCAUACUCUCGCUCAGACACAGCUCGCAUUGGGCAACGUUCUCAAAGUGGAGGAGAAAUCUUUCACACCACAAACUCCAGGGCGAGGAGGAGAAAAUGAAGGGGAGAGUUACACUGAACUCUCAAAAACUACAGAGGAUACUGUAACUCCCCUUCCUUUUGCCGGUCUGGGCUCCACACCUAAAGACAGUUGCAGUACAGGUACAGGUGGAGAUUCGCCACAAAAUAAAAACACCUCCUUGCCCCAGGAAACAAAUGCAGACUUCCUGGGAAGGACUAAGGGGCCAAAAGAAACCAUUUUAGACAUUUCAGGGCAAGAGGCAGUAAAACUGCCUGAAGGGGAAACAACAGCACAGAGAACCCAUAGCUCUUUAGAGCAACAAACAGCCAGUGUAGCAUCAGAUGUUACCAAGGCUGUGCAUAUUGACAAUACAGGGUCUGAGGUUCCCAAUUUAAAAUUGGACUCUGUAAGGACAUCUACAAGUCUACUUGACCAAAAAAGUGGUCAGAACACAUCCCCUUCUAAAUCUGUCCAGCAAAACCCAGCACAUUCAACUGCUGGGGAAAAUGGCACAGGGCCAGUGGAGAACCAAGAAAUUGGACAACACAAAACCAAAAGUAUUAGCUCCCCCGACUCCGCGCCAGUUUCUCCGCUCCCUCAGGUAAAUGGUAAUGACAGCUUGGAGAGUGAAAGCAUGUUGAAUAACUCUGUUAUGAGCUCAAAUAAUGGCGUGCUCACCAACAGUCCCCGGCCCAAGGUGAACAGCACUGGUAAAAUGGAAGAACAAGAACUAGUUGCCUCACUGAAGGACAGCACGCAGCAAAAGCCUUUGGUUAAUGGAGAUUUGACCCCUGUGAACAAUAGCACAGAGACUGGGCUAAAAGAACCAGGUCUAGUUUCGAAGGUUGAGAGUAAUUCAUCGAUAUUAGACCAGGAAUACAAACCUCCAAUAAAGAUAACAAGGCUGGAAAACAACUUAGAUGCACUUGGAGCCAAUACUCAGAGCACUCAACAGCACAACAGCACAUCCCCGGCUGAGAAUGAGACCAACGCCGGUUCUGUUGUCAAGAUCAUCAGAAUGGCACCCUCCCCUAUCCCCUCAGCAGAGGAGUCGAGUCUGAGUGAUGACUUCGCUGAGGAGAACAGUAACAGUGGGACGACAGACCCACUCAAAACCAUCAUCACCCAGGUAACCACAAAGUCCACCACCACCACCACAACAGUUGUUUCCACAGAGAUGAGGACAGCCAACGUGCCAUCCAGUGCAUGUGGAGAAACGGUGUCAACAACAGAAAGCAGCGCAGUGUCCACACUUAAAACCAUGACCAAAACAACUGUGACCAAAAUCUGUUCCCCCGGGCUUGACGGUCAGUCCGACGACAGCCAGAGCGAGAUGGUGUCACAAGAACAGAGAACCAUGCUCUUGGCGUCUGUCAGUAAGUCAACAACUGACAGCGAUGGGAAAACCUUGGUUACUUCUGUUGCUGUGAGCCAAGAGGACUCUUCAUCAACAAAGGAUCACGUCCGCCUCCUGAAAUUCUCCCGCACUAAGAAGACACGCUCCGGCACAGCGCUUCCUUCUUACCGCAAGUUUGUCACAAAGAGCAACCGCAAGAGCAUUUUUGUACUACCACAUGACAACUUGAAGGUGCUAGCAAGGCGAGGUGGAUUCCGGGAGGUUCCUGUCUUUAGCUACAACGCCAAGCCAGCCCUGGAUAUCUGGCCAUACCCUUCACCCAGGCCCACAUUUGGCAUCACCUGGAGAUAUCGUCUGCAGACUGUGAAGUCUCUGGCCGGUGUGAGUCUGAUGCUGAGGCUCCUCUGGGCCUCUCUGAGGUGGGACGACAUGGCUGUCAAACCGUCCGCUGCCAUCGGCACCACACGCACAGCCCUAUCCCCACUCAUUGCUACAGAGACGUCGGAUACUGAAAUCACCACGACGGAGAUCAUCAAGCGCCGUGACGUGGGACCCUACGGCCUUCGCUCAGAGUACUGCAUCCGCAAAAUUAUCUGUCCACUUGGAGUGCCGGAGACACCGAAAGAAACCCACACCCCUCAGAGGAAGGGGUUGCGCUCCAGUGCCUUGCGCCCCAAGAAGCCCGAGCCUGCCAAGCAGACGGGCCCAGUUGUGAUCGAGACGUGGGUGGCUGAGGAGGAGCUGGACCUGUGGGAGAUCAGAGCCUUCUCAGAAAGGGUGGAGAAGGAGAAAGCUCAGGCAGCAGAGCAGGCCAAGAAACGUCUCGAGCAGAAACCAGGCUCAGGAACAGCGACUCCGACAGGGACUCCCUCAACAUCUAUCACCACACCAAAAGUCAUUGUCGGUUCAUUGACAGGCCAGGGCACAUCCAGCACCAAGGUGGUACUGUCCACCAAGAUGGGCACCCCCGUCACAUUCCAGCAGAACAAGAACUUCCAGCAGUCGUUCGCCACCUGGGUCAAGCAGGGUCAAAGCACACAAGGCACCGAGACCACUUUGGCCACGUCGGGUGGGCACACCUUCCAGAUUACGGGAACGUCAGUGGGUGGAAAGGUAGUGACCACCAAGCUGCCACUGCCCGCCAACAGCAAGAUCGUCACAGUCAAUGUGCCAACUUCCCAAGGAGGUGUGGUUCAGCAGAAAGUGUUGGGUAUCAUCCCGUCCAGCACAGCGGGUGGCGCCCAGACGUACACCACAUUCCAGCCACGCACAACCACACUCAACAUCAGGCCCAAUACCCCCGGCUCCCAGCAACAGGUUCUGGCAACUGGCAGUCAGAUCCGUCCAGGAAUGACAGUGAUCCGAACCCCACUCCAGCAGACAGGCCCCAUGGGAAAGACAAUACUACGAACACCUCUCGUGGUCCAGCAAGGUCAGGGCGGCCAGCAGGUAGUGACGCAGAUCAUCCGAGGUCAGGCAGUUUCCACGGCAAUAUCCGGUGCCAGCCCUGUUGCCACUGUCACUGGCCAGGGGGCAACGAGCCCCGCCACAUUAGGACAGGCAGCAGGCCAGACAACACCCGGCACCCCACGGGCACAAGGGCAAGGCCAGGUUAAAUUGACCCUGGCACAGCUCACCCAGCUCACACAGAAGCAGCAGGCCUCAGGUGUGGAUCGACAGGCUGGUGUCGGUGGUACCCAACAGGCUCUGACUGUGAUGGUUCAGGGUCAGGGCCAGACCACAGGCCAGCUGCAGGUCAUACCUCACGGGGUCACCGUCAUCCCAGGACCUGGGCAGCAGCUCAUGCAGGCGGCACUGCCCAAUGGCCAGGUGCAGCGCUUCCUCUUCACCCCCUUGGCCUCAGCUGCCACACCCACAUCAAGCACAGCCAACACAGGUCCAGGUCAACCCAACUCCACCUGCACCAAAACCCCUGCCCAACCGGCCCAGCAGGCAGCAGCCCCCAUCCAGGCGGGAGCGCCUUCACUAGCCACCACCAGCAGCCCUACUUCGGCAACCCCACAAGGCCAACUGCCGCCUCAGACGCAGGCCCACAUGCCCAUCCAAUCACCCACGUCACUGCAGGUUAAAACACAGGGAGGAACAGUGCAGCUGCAGCAGUCGCCUCAGCUCAUCAGCGUGUCUGGACUGCAGCAGCAGGUACAGGUGCUGGCCCAGCUGCAGGCCCAGCAGGGUGGAGGCUCUCUGCCACAGCACAUCAAACUGCAGCUCCCCAUCCAGAUACAACAGACCGGGACCACCUCAGCUCAGGGAGGACAGAUAGGGAACGUGGUGACCAUCCAGGCAGCUUCUGUCCAGGAGCAACUGCAGAGAAUCCAGCAGCUCCGAGAACAGCAGCAGCAGAAGAAGAGACAAGCUGCAGAAGCCAAGAGAGAGCAGGCCCUCAAUGCAGCCAGCCAGAGCGACAUCAUUCAGAAACAGGUGGUAAUGAAACAAAACGCUGUGAUUGAGCACCUGAAGCAGAAGAAGACCAUGACGCCUGCAGAGCGGGAAGAGAACCAGAGAAUGAUUGUAUGCAACCAGGUGAUGAAGUUCCUCCUGGACCGUAUAGACAAGGAUGAGAGGCAGGCAGCCAAGAGGAGAAAGAAGGAAGAGGUGGUGGAGGCGAAAAGGAGGUUGGCCAACGCCAGCAAGCUCUCCUCGCUACUUUACCGGCACAAAGAGAGCCUUAAGAUGGAAAUCCUGAAGAAGCGAGCGCUUCUGGACAAGGAUCUGCAGCUAGAGGCCCAGGAGGAGCUAAAACGUGACUUGCUUCGGAUGCGGAGGGAGAAAGAGAGGGCUCAGGCUGCAGCCAAGCAGGCGGCCCAGGCCGCAGCCCAGGCCGCCCACAAACAGCAGCAGCAACACACUCUGGCACAUGCACAGGGCAUCGCCGCUCAGCACCACCUCACCACAACCGUCACCUCGGCACACAAGAGGAAACGGGAGGAGGAGAGGGAAACGGUUCCGUCAGCCAAGUCCAAGUCGAAGAAGAAGAUGAUCUUGACGACGAUUACCAAGGAGAGCAAGAAGGACACCAAGCUGUACUGCAUCUGCAAGACGCCAUAUGACGAGACCAAGUUUUACAUAGGCUGCGACCUUUGUACCAACUGGUAUCACGGGGACUGUGUGGGCAUCACGGAGAAGGAGGCCAAGAAAAUGGACGACUACAUCUGUGUGGAGUGUAAACGGGGCCAGGAGAGCAGCGCAGUGGAGUUGUUCUGCAUCUGUCGGACGCCAUACGACGAGUCCCAGUUCUACAUUGGAUGCGAUCGGUGUCAAAACUGGUACCACGGUCGCUGUGUGGGCAUCCUGCAGAGCGAGGCCAACCACAUCGACGAGUACGUGUGCCCGCAGUGUCAGUCGACGGAGGACGCCAUGACAGUCUUCACCCCGCUCACAGACAAGGACUACGAAGGUCUGCGGAGAACCCUGCGCUCCUUACAGGCACAUAAAAUGGCGUGGCCGUUCCUGGAGCCAGUGGACCCGAAUGACGCCCCGGACUACUACAGGGUCAUCAAGGAACCAAUGGACCUUUCCACCAUGGAGGAGAGGUUACAGAAGCGCGAGUACGUGAAGCUGACCGAGUUCGUAGCAGACAUGACCAAAAUCUUCGAUAACUGCCGCUACUACAACCCCAGUGACUCGCCCUUCUACCAGUGUGCCGAGGUUCUGGAGAACUUCUUUGUCCAGAAGCUCAAAGGCUUCAAAGCCAGCAGGUCUCAUAACAACAAACUACAAUCAGCAGCCUCUUAGCUCCCUCCUAAACAAAAACACACAAAAAAAACAAGUGUCAGAAAGACUUGUGAGAGAGGCUUGUGGUUCCCUCUGAAUGAUUAAACCCUGUGGUCCUGGUCAGGCUGCACCUGACCCUGGGGGGGCUACCCCUCAGCUGAAAACCAGCUUGCAAUGGUGUCAAAGGGCCUGGCCUCCAACACCUCCAUUGCUGUGCUGAAAGGGGAAGAAGUGACUUCAAAAGCAUCAGUGGGACAGAAAGACAAAGACGUCCCACCUUCAGACCAGGGACAGGGCGGCCACAGACUUUGUUUGGCAGCUGGUUUCUUCCCAGCCAGCCGCUCCUACCAGUGCAGCCCCUCCACGAGGACAGCGAUCCAGAUGGAAGUAGCAGUACGACAGUUAAAACUGUCAAGUUGUGGAUGAUCACAUGGCAGCAGCGCACUCUGAAAGAGCUGCGUUUAAUCUGUAGCUGCUCAUAUUUUUGCUUUGUUCUUCCCACCCAGAGGUUCAACUUAAACUGCAUCCUGUGUAGUGUUGAGAAAUGCCCUGAUCGUGCUUCACGUGAGGCUUAAUAUGCAGGACCUGCAGGUUUCACAUCCACGUACAGACUUCAUGAAUCUUAUUUUUCUGGAUUAUUUGUCUCUCACUCAGUUUUCCGGUUCAGGUCAUUCAUCCACAAACACACUGUCACCUUCCAUGUUUCAAACCUAACUCCACUUUACCCAACUCUUCUGACCCCAUCGCUACAGUCCCCUCAGGUGUGUCGCCCUGUUUGAAGUGUGAAACAGCCACAGAGAAUCUGAAUAUGUCUGUCAGUGGUGCAACUCAUUUACAUUCCCUGUCAGGGUAGCCUGGUGCCGGGAUGCUUGACAUAGAAGCUAGAGUGAAAACUAGUAGUCAAAGAGAUUAUUUUUUCAAUCAGAUUAAAAAAGUAAUAACAAGUAAUUUAAAAGUUCUUCAUUUUGUUUUAAGGCUGUGUUGCCUUCACCUUAAUUUCCAGAGGGAAACACCCAGAACAGGCCGUCCCACCCUUCCUCUGAUUUGUUCCAAUUUGGUGCUUUUUCCCAAGUGCAAGUGAAGAACAGUAACUAGUUCUGAGCUCCUGGAGGUGAUGCGACUGUUAGGCCUUCUGGGGAAGGUGAAGCUAGAACAAGGCUUAACUAACCCACACGUACUGUACGUCACUCCAUGCACACUCAGUGUCUCCUGAAAGCUCCCCGUCUGUUUCCAUCAGCGGCUGAGCCUGUAAGUCUCCCUGCCCCUUAUCUAUCAGCCGCCUCCUCCAGCAUAUUUCAUUAAAGCUGACAGGUUGGCUCACAGACGUCUCUCAACUCGCCCUCAAAGCAUUGGUUAGGUAAUUGGAUAAUGGACUUUUCCACUCAGCAUCCACUCAGUUAUGUUGCGGUUUGCAUCAGCAUGUCUGGGAGUCAACUUUGAGUGGGGGGGCUGGGGCGUCUUUGUACCGCAGGGGUUUGUAUGAAAAUUUUAUAGCUCAAAUUUUUAGCAUAUUUGGGAACAUUUUUGUAACUUGUGAUUAUAAUUAUUUUGUAGGAAGGGAGCAGUCAUAGGACGACUACAGUUGAUGUUAAAAAUUUCAAAGGAGAAAAAACAUUUCAGUCUCAAUCAGGAAGUCUUUAUGUUUUUAUUUUUGUGUGGACAAGACUUGAGAGAGAUAAUGUAGCGUCUGUGUUUGUUUCUGUGUUUCUCUUUCACACAAAUGUCCAUCACUUUGUAAUCUGAUGAUGAUGUGUUUCAUCCACUGUUUGUAAUCUCUAUUGUACAUUAUUGCUGUCCAAAUAUGUAGAGAUUAAAGAUUUAUAUAGCACUAGAAACUUUUAUUUUUCACUUUUCGAACCAGCAACUAAGCCCGUCAGUAUAUUUUAACAAUUUUUUUUCUCUUUAAUUGAAAUGAACUCUACAUUUGGGUGAAAUUGCCCUUUAUAUUAAAGUGCUGCAUAUUGUGAGCAUAGAGGUUUUUGAAUGGGGUAGAGUGGGACAGUAAUUCUAGAGGUUUUCGUUGUUUUUCAGAAACCGACCAGUUCAGCAUAACUUCUGUAUUGACGUGCAUCUCUUGUAUUAUUU